CUCAACUUACACAAGAGAAAAAGGAAAGAAAUUGAAACUCACAGAAGAGAGAAGAAAGAAAAACCAAGAGAUAACACCAAGAACACAACUAUGUCGGGAAACACCAAGAACUCUCACAAGAGGGAUGUGAAAGAUGUUAGGAAAGACACUUAUUCCACUAAUGUCAACAGCCCCCACCUCUGGCCAAGACAAGGUCUUGUUGAUAAACCAAAACCAACUUGUGGAAACAAAAGAGAGUGGAAUUCUGUUGGAGGAUUAGCUGCACCAUGGGGAGGAGCACCUCCACCUCCACCUCCACCAGAAGAAGGAGAUGAGGAAGAUGAGGCACCAAAAGCACCACCACCACCACCUGAGGCAGCAGCAGAAGAAGAAAAAGAGGAAGAAGAAGCUGAAGAAGAAGAGGAGGAGGAGGAAGAAGAGGAAGAAGAUUAAUUCUGCUGCAUUUAUGGGUAUCAUCUUUUGAAAGGAGAGUAUAAUGGUUCAAAUGGUUGUUCUCUAGAAAUUGCCUAUCAUGCAUGUUUUUACUUUUCUUAGUUUUUAAUGGUUCAAAUGGUUGUUCUCUAGAAGUUGUCGAUGAUGCAUGUUUUUACUUUUUUUAGUUUUCAUCUUUAUGUAGACGGUUCGGUAUCAAUGGAUUUGGGUUUUGUUUACUAUCUA